CUUUGCUAUUGUAUUAAUAUUUUUUACAGCUUUAUUGCUUUUAUCGCACUCACGACAACCAGAAUCUCGCAUUUCAAACCCUGAAAUGGGCCUCAUUGGAACACUUACACAUGCUUCUUUUGACAUUGUGCUGAUUGCAGUUUGUCUUGCUGGCAUCCGCCGGUCCACAGGACUCACGCUUCAGACAAACUACCUGUCCAGCAAGAACUACCGCAGGUUGUUUGGAUUUGUGAUUGGUGUUGGCGAGAGUCUGUUUGACAUAUCGGUUGCGUUCAUGGCAGCAUAUCCAACAAUAUUCCGUCGGCAAGAUCCUCGGCUUCCUCCAGUGAACGAUGACAGCCCCAGCCGCUAGCUAGCAGGUGGGCGCGCCCAGCGGGGUGCCAUCUGUAUCAUGUAUUUCGCCGUGUAGUUUACAAGAGCCAUUGUUACAUUUUUAAAGUCAAGUAUUGUUGAACAAUAUCAAUUAAUGUAAAAAGAAAAUAUUUAA